CAAAUCCUAAUCAGCCGCGAUGGUGGGAUUCCUAAAAGAUUCAUUGAAUGACACCAAGGCUCUUCUUGAUCAGAGGAAAACUGGAAGCAUAUCUGGGUUUGUUUAUGCUAUCAUGGUGUUUGCUUUAGAAAGGUUUGCAUGCGUCCGUGAGGAACUCUCUCUAACUCCUCCAGCCAAAAAAAUUCCUCUUAUGUUAGCCUGGAUGGAUGUUUUGUCCAAAGCCCCAGUGAAUGGAACCAGGAUAGAAACAUUCCGAGAUUUGCUUCAGAAUAUGAAGAGAGAUGAGGUUGUUUGGCAGCCCUAUCAUGAUUUUGGUGAAUUAUCCGAUGAGUUCAAAGAUCAGUUGUCGAUGAUCUAUCUGCGGGUUCCGUGUAUUUGUCUCAAUGUGGUCGCCUACAACCGUCCGGACAAAUGCUUUAGGCAACUCGGACUGAAAAAAUCAGAGUUGCAACGUCUAUCGAGAAGCAGGAGUAAACAUACGAAAGUUAAGUUUAGCCAACAUAAAGGACAAGAUUGGCGAGCUGUGCGUCCGUUUUACAGAAAAGUGAAUGAAGAGUGGGAUAACCACCAUAACUAUUCUGUGAGGAAAUCUGAAGCUCCACAGCAGAACAAGUCAUUCUCACUAGAAGAAAGAUUUUUGACAUGAUGACAUACAAUGCUAUGAUAUAUCAUAUAUGGAUAUUUUACACAUUAAUUCUUUUUGUACAAAAAGUGUAUCUCAAGUUCUCAACUAAUAAUAGCCUAAUACCGUC